CUAGGAAAAAGUGCUAAAGGCUUAUAGCGCAAUAUACGUUUUAUUCAUUUAAAAACUUAACUUUUACAUGCGAAACUGAUUCUGAUGACCGUCAUUUCAUAUGCCAGUCUCCAUAGUUGCAAGUACCUAGAAAGCCACCAAGAAAAAUAAAUGCAAUCAUGUCAAAAAAACAUAUUGUUAAUUAACAAAAAGACAAACAUAUUGACUAUUGAAAGAUUUAUUGAAGAAGAUUGCUUGUGUUAGUUUCUAAAAUUUCAUACGAAUUCAUACUUUAUUGUUGACCACCACUACUGCCAGGGUAUCUAUGUUCGUCCGGAGGUCCGAAUAUGCCCUUGCUUACUCUAAAAUUAAAGAGGCAAGUAUUUCUGGUGGAUGUGUAGUACACAUUUUCGUUGCUUUAGAUCCUGAUGCAUUAUGCGCUUGUAAAUUACUGUCUCGAUUGUUGAAGGCCGACUUUAUUUCUCAUAAAAUUAGACCUGUUUCAGGAUAUCGUGAUCUGGAAAAUGCGAAUCAAACUAUAUUAGAAAAAAACGAAGACUUGAAGUUUCUGAUUCUGCUCAAUUGUGGAAAUAUGGUUGAUUUAAGUUUUUACCUAAAAUCUGAUGAGGAUAUAUCUGUAUAUGUGAUUGAUUCCCAUCGACCUUACAAUUUGGAUAAUUUAUACAGGGAUAAUAGAAUCUACAUAUUUGAUGACGGUGAUAUUGAGGAUGAUAUGGGCAAAAUACACGAUGCAUGGUUUGCGCUCGAAUCUUUACCUUUAUCAGACGAGGAAAACGCUUCUUCAGAAUCUGAUAAGGCAUCCGACGGCGAUGGUGAAGAAAAUAAUGAGGAUGGAUUAUUAGACCCUUCUGAACUUCCUAAACGUAGCAGAAGAAGGUACUCGACAGAAACAGAGCAGCGCAGAGUACAUAGGAAAAAUAUCAUAAGAAAAAAAAAGGAGUAUCAUUAUGUGCUAGCUGAAUACUAUGAUACUGGAUCCUGGUAUGGAGAAUCAAUUACAAAUAUACUGUAUUCGCUUGCGUCCAUGCUUGGUCGAGAGGAUAAUGACAUGCUUUGGCUGGCUAUUAUCGGUCUCACAUGUUUGGAAGUCCAUUGUCGCUCUUCAAAGAAAUACUUUGAUAGAUCUUAUAACCUUUUGAAGGACGAGGUGAACCGACUGAAUCCUUUGCCAUUGGAUAGAACGAAUAUAGGUCGACCUCACGGUAAAACUCCUUAUGAUCAAUCCAUACGGCUUGAAGAUGAAUUUAGAUUUAUGUUAAUUAGACAUUGGAGUUUAUACAAUGCUAUGUUACACUCGGCGUACGUAGGCUCCCGGUUGCACAUUUGGAGCGAAGAAGGACGGAAACGCCUGCAUAAGCUCCUGGCUAAAAUGGGAUUAAGCUUAGUAGAAUGUAAGCAAACUUAUAUUCAUAUGGAUAUGAAUCUAAAGAAAACUCUAAAAAGCAGUCUUCAAAGAUUUGCCCCUCUUUAUGGACUCGACGAUGUAAUAUUUCACAGUUUUACUCGUACAUAUGGCUUCAAAUGUACACUAAGUGCAAGUGAUGUUGCUUACGCAAUUAGUGCUUUGCUUGAAGUUGGAGGAACCGGUACAUUUUUGCAGGCAAAAAAUGUAACAAAGGAGCCCGAUAUGACCGAUGAACAGUAUCUGGAAAAAUUUGAAGAAGAACAAAAACAAGGAUGGCUAAAAAACUUUUACGACGCUUAUGAUGCCCUUGAUAAUGUGGAUGCAUUAGAGAAAGCUUUGAAAUUAGCUAUGAACAUGCAGCGUUCUAUAGUUCGCACUGGUAUUGCUUUGUUAGAAAAGAGAUCCAUAAAAGCUCUACGCUCUUUUCGUAUUGGAUUGAUUACUGAAGGUCCUGAUAUAAGGAUUUUCCAGCAUCCACUUGCUUUGACGAAAUUAAGCCUUUGGGUCGCUGAGGCUAUCAGGGAACAAGAAAAAGAAUUGGGGAAACUAAAGCAUCUGCCUCUUGUCUUAGCCGUAAUGAUCGAAGAAAAAAACAGCUAUUUAAUUGUAGGUACUGCUACCUCCGCCUUUACUAGCAAUGACGACGAAGAUGAUGGACAUGGCCAUAAUCGUUUUGGUGUGGCUUUCCAGGAAGUAGCCAGCAUGACUUCUGCGACGCUACAAAUGGAUUGUUUUGAGGCUAGUGUCAUUGAAUGUAAAAAAGCUGAUUUAGGCCUGUUCCUCGAAAGUCUAUCUCUAAAAACCUUACAAUGACAUGGUAAACUUCUUUAAGGUCUAUAGUUAUAGGAAAGGUUUAUGUGAUUAUUUUAUAUAGAUUAAAUAUUUAUUUACCGCACCAACAAGUGUUAGGGCGUUCAACUUGUAUACAUA